AUGCAAGAAGACGCCUCAGACGAGCUGAACAAUUUUGAGGACGGGCAACGAUCGCCGGGCAACGAUGAUUUACUCGGAAAUCCCCAAUCAUCGCAAAAUGUGACAGGAAUUUGCGAGAUGUGUCAAAAUUACGAGACGAAUCUGACAAUCAUGCAAGAUGGCGAGAGGAAAUUGAAAGAAGAGCUCAAAGCUAUGAAAGAAUUAGCCGAUCGAUAUCAGAAUGAGCUGAGUGCUGAGAGGGAUUACAGGCGCGAAAUGGAGAAACGAAUGACUGAGGAAGCGGAGAUUGUUGACGGAAAAGCAAAGGAAAUCCUCGCGAAUCACGAGAGAUUGCAACAAUCACUAGCAUUGUUGACGGAAAAGUACAAUCAAUUGCUGAAACGACAUCAAGAAAAGGGAAAUCGAAUGAAGGAAAAGCUGGACAAGUUGAGCCAAAAGCAUUUGGACACGGCAAACAAGUAUUUGGUGCUGUUGGGCGUGAAUCGGACGAAGGCAAGGGAGAUGCGCGACGAAGUGAUCAGUUUACCCGAUGAUCAAAUGGAGCUACAACUGCAAUGUUUGACGAAUAGAGAGCAAUUGAUCGAAGCGAGAGCCGCCUUGGAGUACACGGAACGCGAGAAAUCCGAUGAAAUCACCAUGCUGAGAGCUCAAUUGAUGGAAGAGACGACAGCCAGAGAAGCAAUGGAAAAAGAAUUCGGUGCUCAGAUUUCCGAUUUGCAGACAGAGCUCACAAUUCGCAUGGAUUCCGUGCAAACAGCUGAGCAACAGAAGAGACAAAUUGGGGAUUUACAAGCAUCCAUCAGCGAGUUGGAAGCUCAAGUGCAACAAGUGCUGAGUGAAAGGAAUGCCGUCGAGCAAACCGCUCAAAAUUACAAGGCUCGAUGCUCGUCAUUGCAACAAGAAUUGGACACUUGUGAGCAAGUGCAGAAGGAUUUCGUCAAACUCAGUCAAUCAUUGCAGAUUCAAUUAGAGAAGAUUCGACAAUCCGAGCAAGAAGUGCGAUGGCAAUUCGAUGAGGAUGUCGAUCAGUGUCAAGAAUGUUCGUCUCAAUUGCCAAAGGGAAAGCCGAAGCCACAUUGCCGGCAUUGUGGAAGGAUUUUCUGUGGAAAAUGUCUAGAGCAAAGUGUUCAUGCAGGGCCGACGAGAAGGCUAGCGAGUGUGUGCCCCGUUUGUCACACAUUGCUGAAUCGCGAGUCGGCUCCGUUCUUUUCAAAAGAU